AUGGGAACACUCUCGAACAUCGGCAAUUCCAAAACUAAAGUGGUCCUGGACGUUGACGAAUUUGGCUUUUUUAAUGCGGCUACGCAAGAGUCGGUGGGUCUUAUGAGAUCAAUGAACGAGAAAGAGGCUGACAUUGCACAAGUGGUUUUCAGCGUGGCCACAAACAGAAUGCCAGUUAUCGACUAUACGUUGCCACUGGUACGCGCGCAGACGAGAUUUUUCGCUAAAUUACCCGAUGAUGUGAAGAUUCAGUGGUCGGCGUAUUUUAGAGUUUUCAAUAGUCAAGUUUGGGCUUUAAUAGGAUUUUCCCUGUUAUUUUUUCCAAUGCUCUUGACACUCAUGAAAAACAAGUUCGAAAAGUUCAUCGGCAUUCAUUCGUUUUUUGGAAACUUUGUCGACAUGUUAGGUGUCUAUUGUCAGCAAGGUCUGCCAGAACCUCCUGUAAGCGUAUCAUUAAGGAUGUUGUAUUUCUCGAUACUCAUUCUAUCACUGAUCCUUUACGCCAUCUAUUCAGCUACAAUAACCAGUUACAUUGCAGUUUUGAAGACUGAUCUGCCUUUCUCAACCUACGACGAAUAA